GUGAGACACAGAGCCCAGAGCUCAGCUCUCACCCCUGCCCUUCCCCUUCCCACCCUUCCCCAAGGACUCAUGAAGGGGGACAUGUGUGAGGAGCAGGGGCCGGGCCCUGAACCUGCAGCCCCUGUCCAGCACUCAGAGGAGGAGGAGGCCCUAAUCGAGUUCCACCGCUCCUACCGAGAACUCUUCCAGUUCUUCUGCAACAACACCACCAUCCAUGGCGCCAUCCGGCUCGUGUGCUCCCAGCACAACCGCAUGAAGACGGCCUUCUGGGCUGUGCUCUGGCUCUGCACCUUCGGCAUGAUGUACUGGCAGUUCGGCCUGCUGUUUGGAGAGUACUUCAGCUACCCUGUCAACCUCAACCUCAACCUCAACUCUGACAAGCUCGUCUUCCCAGCUGUCACUGUCUGUACCCUUAAUCCCUACAGGUACCCCGAAAUUAAAGCGGACCUCAAAGAGCUGGACCGCAUCACAGAGAGCACGCUCUUCGAUCUGUACAAAUACAACUUCUCCAGCCUCUUCGAGGCCCAUCGCCGCAGCCGCCGCGACCUCCGGGGCCCCCUGCCGCACCCCCUGCUGCGCCUAGACGUGGAGCCCCUGUCCCACCCGGCCCGCAAGCCUCGCAGCGCGACCUCCAGCGUGCGGGACAACAACCCGCAGGUGAACCGGAAGGACUGGAAGAUCGGCUUCCAACUGUGCAACGAGAACAAAUCAGACUGCUUCUACCAGACCUACUCGUCAGGGGUGGAUGCAGUGAGAGAAUGGUACCGCUUCCACUACAUCAACAUUCUGUCUCGCCUGCCUGAUGGCUCACCCUCCUUGGAGAAGGAUGCACUGGACAACUUCAUCUAUGCCUGCCGCUUCAAUCAGGACUCCUGCAGCCAGGCGAACUACUCUCACUUCUACCACCCGAUGUAUGGGAACUGCUACACUUUCAAUCACAAGAACAACUCCAACCUCUGGAUGUCUUCCCUGCCUGGAAUCAACAAUGGCUUGUCUUUGGUGCUGCGCACAGAGCAGAAGGACUUCAUCCCACUCCUGUCCACAGUGACGGGGGCCAGGGUCAUGGUACAUGGGCAGGAUGAGCCUGCCUUCAUGGAUGAUGGUGGCUUUAACUUGCGGCCUGGCGUGGAGACCUCCAUCAGCAUGAGGAAGGAAGCCCUGGACAGACUUGGGGGUGACUAUGGUGACUGCACUGAGAAUGGCAGCGACGUCCCUGUCAAGAACCUUUACUCUUCCAAGUACACUCAGCAGGUGUGCAUUCACUCCUGCUUCCAGGAGAGCAUGAUCAAGGAGUGUGGCUGUGCCUACAUCUUCUACCCAAAGCCCCAGAAGGAUGUGGAGUAUUGUGAUUACUGGAAGCAUAGUUCCUGGGGCUACUGCUACUAUAAGCUCCAGGUUGCCUUUUCCUUGGACAGCCUGGGCUGUUUCUCCAAAUGCCGGAAGCCAUGCAGUGUGACCAGCUACCAGCUCUCUGCCGGUUACUCACGAUGGCCUUCAGUGACAUCCCAGGAGUGGAUCUUUGAGAUGCUUUCCCGACAGAACAAUUACACCAUCAACAACAAAAGAAAUGGAGUUGCCAAGCUCAACAUCUUCUUCAGGGAGCUGAACUACAAAACCAACUCUGAGUCUCCAGCUGUCACGAUGGUGACCCUCCUGUCCAACUUGGGCAGCCAGUGGAGCCUGUGGUUUGGCUCUUCCGUGCUGUCUGUGGUGGAGAUGGCCGAGCUCAUCUUUGAUCUCCUGGUCAUCACAUUCCUCAUGCUGCUCCGGAGGUUCCGAAGCCGAUACUGGUCUCCAGGCCGAGGGAGCAGGGGUGCUCACGAGGUGGCAUCCACUCCAGCUUCCUCGCUUCCCUCCAGCUUCCGCCCCCACCCCACGUCCCCCUCCCCCUCUCAGCCUGGCCCUGCUGCCCCCCUGACCUUGACAGCCCCUCCACCUGCCUAUGCCACCCUAGGCCCACACCCAGCUCCAACAGGCUCAGAUGAGCCCCGCUCCUCUGCCUGUAAUGCUGGGGAGCCCUAA